CCUCAACAUUUCAUCAUCAUAAGGAAGUUGUAAGCAUUUUUCAGCUGCCUCAUAUUUUCUUGUGUGUAUUUGUGUAGAAAGAGAAUUAUACUUUAUCAAGAUGAACCAAUCCCAGAACAUGAGCCAACAAGCUGGCCAGGCCAAGGGCCAAGCUCAGGAAAAGGCCAGUGGCAUGAUGGACCAAAUGAGCAAUGCUGCCCAAUCUGCCAAGGAAUCUGCCCAAGGGGCUGGUCAGCAAAUGAUGGAGAAGGCACAGGGAGCAGCUGACUCCGUCAAGGAUGCAGUUGGAGCCAACAAAAGAAGCUAAGGUGAUGGGAGAUCUCAUCCGUCUGAUUCCUCCCAAAUUUUGUGUUCCUGUUUUUGUUUUGUGAUUCUAUUUUUUUUUUUUUGGGUUGAUCUUUUACUUAAACUUGCCAUUUGAAGCAAGAACAAGGUCUGAUCAUGUAAUCGCUUAUUGUUCAUUGAACAUUACGCUAAUAAUUUCAAUUAUAUUUGUUUGUUAAUUUUUUA